AUGGCGGAAGGUGAUUGGAGCUGGGAUUGCAAACGGACGAAGCUUGGAAGAAUUAAAAGGGAAGCAGGAGGAGGAUGGGGACACCUGAAUGAGAUGAGACUUUAUAUAGUCUUCGCCGGAGAGUCUUCCUUCCGGCGGGAACUUCUUGGGGAGGAGACGAGGCAAGGAUGGGAGGACCCGGCCCAGAGCCAUUGGACCAUCGGAGGGACAUGGACUCACAACCCCUCCUGUGUAUCUCCCAAUCCGCUACCUUCGGCUGCACCUCCUACUCCGUAUUCUCCCGCCGAUUCGCCUCUUGGACCGCCCUAA